AUGACGCAUGCCAACAGCAGAGUAGGGCAGAAGGUUAAGUUACGAAAACGCCAGCACUGCCAGUCGCAGUGCCAACAGCAGCAGCAGCAGCAGCAGCAGCGGCGUCCGCGGGAGCAGCAGAAACAGCAGUUUAGGCUCAGAGUGAAAUACGCGAAAAAGUUUUCGGAGUCCGAACUUUGCCAGCUUCUAGGCGUGCGACGGCGGCGUCUAUCAACGACAACAAGAGCGACGACGACAACUACGACGACGCCACCCGCAAGCAUCAGCGCAACAACAACAACAACAACAAAAGCAGCAUCAAGUUGUAUGAAAAAGCUCAACGGGCGCAGUUGUGCUCCCAAUUGUUGUUACGGCUGUCGCAUGGCUGUGGUGACACACAUAAAAAGGCAAAACUAAAUUAAAC